AUGACCGUAUCAAGCCAGGAUAAUGCUAUCGCUCAGCUGUUCCCGCAUGGAUGCUGGGAUGCUCAUCACCACAUCUUCGAUCCCGUACAAUUUGCUUACGCCCCCGAUCGCCACUUGACGCCUCCACCUGCAACCAUUGAACAAUUCAUCAAUUUCAAGAAGAGUUUGGAAUCCUUGAAAAGCUUCGUCAAGCUGCUAGGGAAAUCCUCCACGAAGGGGAUUGGAGUCAUUGAUCCUGAGACAGUUACACAGGAAGAGCUGCAAGAGAUGCACAAUGCCGGCAUUCGAGGCAUUCGAGUCAACGUCUAUAAGUACAAGGCUAUGCACGAUGCUGAGCUUCAGAAAGUUGCACUUCUGGAACACGCCCGCAUGAUUGGGAAGCAUUGCCCCGGUUGGACCAUGGCCUUCACACAAACCCAUCCAGAGUUCUGGAAGGAGUUAAGACCAGUGAUUGAACAGGAGAUCACUCCUGUGGGAAUUCGCUUGAUUACAGAUCACUUUGCGCUACUAAAAGGUCCGAGCAUGCUUCCGCCCGAGUGCGUGGGAGAUGUGACACGCCAAGUGGGAUUUGAAGACAUCAUGGACCUGGUUCGCAAGGGGCAUUUGUAUGUCAAACUCAGUGCGCCGUACCGGGUGAGCAAUGAAGCACCUUUCUAUGACGACCUGAAACCAUUGGUCCGAGCUUAUAUCGAUGCGAAUCCGAAACAAAUCCUCUGGGGAAGUGACUGGCCUCACACGCCACGUAUGAAGGUCCGGACGUAUGACGAGGCAAUGAAAGAGACCCCUUUCCUGGAGGUGGACGACCACGCAUGGCUGAAAAGUUUACGGUCGUGCUUGUCAGAGGAUGAAUGGCAUACUCUGAUGGUAGAGACACCAAAGGCACUUUAUGAUUGGUAG